GCAAAGGAAAAAAAUAGAAAUCGGCUCCUCCAGGCGCUGGGCGCGCGUCACGUGAGUCUCACGAGCGGACGCGGUCACCGUCACUCUCUCCCAACUCACUUCAGUCACACGCUCCCGCCCGUCCGCCUCUUCCCCGAAGUCCCCCCGGCCCCACCGACGCCUGCCUGCGGGGUCCAGCCGCCGGCGGCGGCCGCGCUCCUCCGUCCUCCCUCCGCGACGCUUGCGACCCGUCCGUCCUGCGCCCAGCGGUCCCUCGUGGCAGCAGCGGGGGGCGAGCCGGCGGCGCCCGGGGUCCUCUUUGCUCUCGCCGGCUGCUGGCAGCCCGCCCCCUCGUCGUCUAGACUGGCCGUGAUGCUCCUGGCGCGCACCCUGCGCUCCCGCCUCCGCCCGCCGCUCUCCGUGGCGGCGGCGUUCUCCUCGGCGCCGGCAUCGGCGGCCGCGGCGGAGGCGGAGCGAGCGAUACGGGACGGGCCCCGGAACGAUUGGAGCAGGCCUGCGAUCCAGGCCGUCUACGACUCCCCGCUCCUCGACCUCCUCUUCCACGGGGCUCAGGUCCACAGAAAUGUGCACAAAUUUAGAGAAGUGCAGCAAUGCACACUUCUUUCAAUAAAGACUGGUGGGUGCAGUGAAGAUUGUUCUUACUGCCCUCAGUCAUCAAGAUAUGAUACUGGAUUGAAGGCCCAGAAAUUGAUGAACAAAGAUGCUGUCCUAGAAGCAGCAAAAAAGGCAAAAGAGGCUGGGAGCACCCGUUUUUGCAUGGGAGCUGCAUGGAGAGAAACCAUCGGAAGGAAAACAAAUUUCAAUCAGAUUCUUGAAUAUGUCAAGGAAAUAAGGGGUAUGGGCAUGGAGGUCUGUUGCACGCUGGGCAUGAUAGAGAAACAACAGGCUGAAGAACUGAAGAAGGCUGGACUUACAGCAUACAAUCAUAACCUUGAUACAUCAAGAGAGUAUUACCCCAAUAUUAUUACCACAAGAUCAUAUGAUGAUAGACUGCAGACUCUCCAGCAUGUUCGUGAAGCUGGAAUAAGCAUCUGUUCAGGUGGAAUAAUUGGUCUCGGAGAAGCAGAGGACGACCGUGUGGGGUUGUUGCAUACACUAGCCACCUUGCCUACACACCCAGAAAGUGUUCCUAUUAAUGCAUUGGUUGCUGUAAAAGGCACACCUCUUGAGGAUCAGAAGCCUGUAGAGAUCUGGGAAAUGAUCCGCAUGAUUGCCACUGCUCGGAUCGUGAUGCCAAAGGCAAUGGUGAGGCUUUCGGCAGGCCGCGUACGGUUCUCCAUGCCAGAACAAGCGCUCUGCUUCCUUGCUGGGGCCAACUCUAUAUUUGCCGGUGAGAAACUUCUGACUACCGCGAACAAUGACUUCAAUGCAGACCAGGCAAUGUUCAAGAUACUAGGUCUUAUCCCCAAGGCCCCAAGCUUUGGUGACGAAGAGGCGGUAGCUCCUGCUGAGGCCGAGAGGCCUGAACAAGCUGCUUCAAUGUAGAGCAUUGUAUUGGAGAAACCACUAUUUUUUAGUCGCUUGAGAUUGAUUAAAAUAAAGUAGGCCCACGGCAUGCUUCUACUGUUGUCUUUUUUAUCCAUGUAAGUAGAUGUUGGAAUGUGGUAGCUCAUGUACUUAGCAAGUUGAGCCAAUCAGCUCUCUGAAUCGGUCUAGUUUCAUGUAGCACCAGAGUUUCUCGGAUCUUCUCUUUUUAAGGGUCGGUUAAAUGAAUGAAAGGAAGGCUACCUGUUACUCAAGAAAA